UUCAUAGAUUUUAUCCAAACCAUUUACACCCUAGGUGUGAGCCUUUUCUUCUUCCUCUCUCUUGAAAUCUAUAUUUCCCCCUCCUCCCUUCAUUAACGAAAAUAAACCUUCGGGAGAAUGGCGCCAGACUGCUAUGGGGACGACGGAAGCUACGUCGUCGAUUCUUCUCAGUCACUUGUGGAGGAAACAACAUCCGCUCUGCCACUACCCACUCUUCCGUUUGAUCUCGUCGCUGAAAUUCUAUGCAGACUUCCGGUAAAACUCCUCAUUCAACUUCGAUGUCUCUGUAAGUCUAUCAAUUCGUUAAUUUCUGAUCCUAAAUUCGCUAAGAAACAUCUUCGCAUGUCAAACACGCGCCACCAUCUCAUGUUAAGCUCUAAUAACGACUUAGACGAGUUAGUUCUCUUUGAUUCCCCAAUGCCCUCUGAUUUUCCAACGUUUACUGUAAACCAGACACAACUCAGUUACCCUGAUUGUCUCAAAAUUGAAUAUGAUUCUCCUUUGCACGCGCGCUCUUGCGAUGGCAUCCUUUGUUUCACAAUGUAUAACGGUCCUGGUGUGGGUCCACCUGUUUUGUGGAAUCCUUCCAUUAGAACAUUCAAAAUAUUACCUCCCUUGGAUAACAAACCUUUCUCCGCGUAUAGCUUCGGUUAUGAUCAUUGCAUUGAUAAGUAUAAGAUUGUUGCAAUCUCUCUUGUGGAGGACAGAGAGGAAGUAAGUGUUCAUACUUUGGGUACGGAUACUUGGAGAAGGAUACCAGACUUCCCAUAUUCUGGCCCGUUUUGUGGGUAUGGAAUAUUUGUCGGUGGCACUGUUAAUUGGUUGUCGUUAGACGAAGUGAGUUCUUUGUGCGUCAUUGUUUCUCUUGAUUUGGAGAAGGAAUCGUAUCAAACGCUUUCGCUGCCUGAUAUUGAGAAUGAUCCUUUGACAAAUUUGGGGGAUUUGGGGGUUUUGAGGGAUUGCUUGUGCAUCUUUGCAAGUAGUGAUAUGUUUUUUGAUGUUUGGAUUAUGAAGGAAUAUGGAAACAAAAAGUCUUGGACUAGAUUGUACCGUGUUCCUUACAUGGAAGAUCGGGGUUUGUGUCGCUAUACAAAGGCUUUAUAUAUUUCUGAGGAUGAACAAUUGCUGAUGGACUUUAAGGAGUUGGAAAGUCAAAAAUUGAAGUUGUUUGUUUACGAUUCCAAUGAUGGUACUUUGGAGAUUCCUGAGAUUCAAAACAUUGGUGGUUGGAUGGACCCAGAAGUCUACAUUGAAAGUCUGAUAUCACCUUGUUCUUAAUGUUAGGAUGUAGAUGCUAUGAUAUGUCACUUGAACAUGAGAUUAAACUGCAACAAAUAUAUGGUUUAUUUUUGUUUAUUUUAUUUCUUUUGUCUAGUCUGAUAAUCAGUGACUUGUUGGAUCAUUGUUGAUUAAUGUUUGAUGGAAGGGUGAAAAGUUCUUAAUUUCAAUUUUAUGUUAGUUAGAGUUUUUGGA